AUUGAGACGUCGUUGUUUCAACGCAGACCAAAAUUUAGGUCUCAGAAAUUUGGGAGAAUCCAGAAAGAAGAAGAAGAGAGCGAAAAAUGGGGAAGACUCCGGUGAAGAUGAGGGCGGUGGUGUACGCGCUGUCGCCGUUCCAGCAGAAGGUGAUGCCCGGCCUCUGGAAGGACCUUCCGGCCAAGCUCCACCACAAGGUCUCCGAGAACUGGCUCAGCGCCACUCUCCUCCUCGCUCCUCUCAUCGCCGUCCGCAUGUAUGUGGAUAAUUACCAAGAGAAGGAGAAGCUGGCACACAGGUACUGAAUGAAGCUUUGCUAAGUUUUAAUGUACUACAAGUCACAUUUCGAAGUGUAUGAGUUUUUAUUGUUAUCGAAACCUAAACUCUAGCUCGUCGGAUUCGAAUUGGUAAUAAAUUCUGUAUGGUUGAUAUACAUUUUUACAUACGUGAUGAAUAGCGAGUGCAGUGCUUGUUGUUGAUU